CGGCCGGGCGGUGUGUUGUCAUCCGCGGAGCGACGGCCGGAGGCGGCGGCGGAGCCCCGGCGGGGCGUUUGGUUUCGGUUUGGCCGUGACUGGGAUUAGUGUUGACGGUCGAAAUGGGAGUCCCCAAGUUUUACCGAUGGAUCUCAGAGCGGUAUCCCUGCCUCAGCGAAGUGGUGAAAGAGCAUCAGAUUCCUGAAUUUGACAACUUGUACCUGGAUAUGAAUGGAAUUAUACAUCAGUGCUCCCAUCCUAAUGAUGAUGAUGUUCACUUUAGAAUUUCAGAUGAUAAAAUCUUUACUGAUAUUUUUCACUACCUGGAGGUGUUGUUUCGCAUUAUUAAACCCAGGAAAGUGUUCUUUAUGGCUGUCGAUGGUGUGGCUCCUCGAGCAAAAAUGAACCAGCAGCGUGGGAGGCGUUUUAGGUCAGCAAAGGAGGCAGAAGACAAAAUUAAAAAGGCAAUAGAGAAGGGAGAAACUCUUCCUACAGAGGCCAGAUUUGAUUCCAACUGUAUCACACCAGGAACUGAAUUUAUGGCCAGGUUACAUGAACAUCUGAAGUAUUUUGUAAAUAUGAAAAUUUCCACAGACAAGUCAUGGCAAGGAGUUACCAUCUACUUCUCAGGCCAUGAGACUCCUGGAGAAGGAGAGCAUAAAAUCAUGGAAUUUAUCAGAUCCGAGAAAGCAAAGCCAGAUCAUGAUCCAAACACCAGACACUGUCUUUAUGGUUUAGAUGCCGACUUGAUUAUGCUUGGAUUAACAAGUCAUGAGGCACAUUUUUCUCUCUUAAGAGAAGAAGUUCGAUUUGGUGGCAAGAAAACACAACGGGUAUGUGCUCCAGAAGAAACUACAUUUCACCUUCUACACUUGUCUUUAAUGAGAGAGUAUAUUGAUUAUGAGUUUUCAGUAUUAAAAGAAAAGAUCACAUUUAAAUAUGAUAUUGAAAGGAUAAUAGAUGAUUGGAUUUUGAUGGGGUUUCUUGUUGGUAAUGAUUUUAUCCCUCAUCUACCUCAUUUACAUAUUAAUCAUGAUGCACUGCCUCUUCUUUAUGGAACGUAUAUUACCAUCCUGCCAGAACUUGGGGGUUAUAUAAAUGAAAGUGGGCAUCUCAACUUACCUCGAUUUGAGAAAUACCUUGUGAAACUAUCAGAUUUUGAUCGGGAGCACUUCAGUGAAGUUUUUGUGGACCUAAAAUGGUUUGAAAGCAAAGUUGGUAACAAGUACCUCAAUGAAGCAGCAGGUGUAGCAGCAGAAGAAGCCAGGAACUACAAGGAAAAGAAAAAAUUAAAGGGCCAGGAAAAUUCUCUGUGUUGGGCUGCUUUAGACAAAAAUGAAGGCGAAAUGGUAACUUCUAAGGAUAAUUUAGAAGAUGAGACUGAAGAUGAUGACCUAUUUGAAACUGAGUUUAGACAAUAUAAAAGAACAUAUUACAUGACGAAGAUGGGGGUUGACAUAGUAUCUGAUGACUUUCUGGCUGAUCAAGCUGCAUGUUAUGUUCAGGCAAUACAGUGGAUUUUGCACUAUUACUAUCAUGGAGUUCAGUCCUGGAGCUGGUAUUAUCCUUAUCAUUAUGCACCUUUCCUAUCUGAUAUACGCAACAUCAGUACACUCAGAAUCCAUUUUGAACUAGGAAAACCUUUUAAGCCGUUUGAACAGCUUCUUGCUGUACUUCCAGCAGCCAGCAAAAAUUUACUUCCUACAUGCUACCAGCAUUUGAUGACCAGUGAAGAUUCACCAAUUAUAGAAUAUUACCCACCUGAUUUUAAAACUGACCUAAAUGGGAAACAACAGGAAUGGGAAGCUGUGGUGUUAAUCCCUUUUAUUGAUGAGAAGCGAUUAUUGGAAGCCAUGGAGACAUGUAACCACUCCCUCAAAAAAGAAGAGAGGAAAAGAAACCAACAUAGUGAGUGCCUAAUGUGCUGGUAUGAUAGAGACACAGAGUUUGUCUAUCCUUCUCCAUGGCCGGAAAAGUUCCCUGCCAUAGAACGGUGUUGUACAAGGUAUAAAAUAAUAUCGUUAGAUGCUUGGCGUGUAGACAUAAACAAAAACAAAAUAACCAGAGUUGACCAGAAGGCAUUAUAUUUCUGUGGAUUUCCUACUCUGAAACACAUCAAACACAAAUUUUUUUUGAAGAAAAGUGGCGUUCAAGUAUUCCAGCAAAGCAGUCGUGGAGAAAACAUGAUGUUGGAAAUCUUAGUGGAUGCAGAAUCAGAUGAACUUACCAUAGAAAAUGUAGCUUCAUCAGUGCUCGGAAAAUCUGUCUUUGUUAAUUGGCCUCACCUUGAGGAAGCUAGAGUUGUGGCUGUAUCAGAUGGAGAAACUAAGUUUUACUUGGAAGAACCUCCAGGAACACAGAAGCUUUAUUCAGGAAGAACUGCCCCACCAUCUAAAGUGGUUCAUCUUGGAGAUAAAGAACAAUCUAACUGGGCAAAGGAAGUACAAGGAAUUUCAGAACAUUACCUGAGAAGAAAAGGAAUAAUAAUAAAUGAAACAUCUGCAGUUGUGUAUGCUCAGUUACUCACAGGUCGUAAAUAUCAAAUAAAUCAAAAUGGUGAAGUUCGUCUAGAGAAACAGUGGUCAAAACAAGUUGUUCCUUUUGUUUAUCAAACUAUUGUCAAGGACAUCCGAGCUUUCGACUCCCGUUUCUCCAAUAUCAAAACAUUGGAUGAUUUGUUUCCUCUGAGAAGUAUGGUCUUUAUGCUGGGAACUCCCUAUUAUGGCUGCACUGGAGAAGUGCAGGAUUCAGGUGAUGUGAUUACAGAAGGUAGGAUUCGUGUGAUUUUCAGCAUUCCAUGUGAACCCAAUCUUGAUGCUUUAAUACAGAACCAGCAUAAAUAUUCUAUAAAGUACAACCCAGGAUAUGUGUUGGCCAGUCGCCUUGGAGUGAGUGGAUACCUUGUUUCAAGGUUUACAGGAAGUAUUUUUAUUGGAAGAGGAUCUAGGAGAAACCCUCAUGGAGACCAUAAAGCAAAUGUGGGUUUAAAUCUCAAAUUCAACAAGAAAAAUGAGGAGGUACCUGGAUAUACCAAGAAAGUUGGAAGUGAAUGGAUGUAUUCAUCUGCAGCAGAACAACUUCUGGCAGAGUACUUAGAGAGAGCUCCGGAACUAUUUAGUUAUAUAGCCAAAAAUAGCCAAGAGGAUGUGUUCUAUGAAGAUGACAUUUGGCCUGGAGAAAAUGAGAAUGGUGCUGAGAAAGUUCAAGAAAUUAUUACUUGGCUAAAAGGACAUCCUGUCAGUACUUUAUCUCGUUCUUCUUGUGAUUUACAAAUUCUGGAUGCAGCUAUUGUUGAGAAAAUUGAGGAAGAAGUCGAAAAGUGCAAGCAAAGAAAGAAUAAUAAGAAGGUGCGAGUAACAGUGAAGCCCCAUUUGCUAUACAGACCUUUAGAACAGCAACAUGGAGUCAUUCCUGAUCGGGAUGCAGAAUUUUGUCUUUUUGACCGUGUUGUAAAUGUGAGAGAAAACUUCUCAGUUCCAGUUGGCCUUCGAGGCACCAUCAUAGGAAUAAAAGGAGCUAAUAGAGAAGCUGAUGUACUGUUUGAAGUAUUAUUUGAUGAAGAAUUUCCUGGAGGGUUAACAAUAAGAUGCUCGCCUGGUAGAGGUUAUCGACUGCCAACAAGUGCCUUGGUGAACCUUUCUCAUGGGAGUCGCUCUGAAACUGGAAAUCAGAAGUUGACAGCUAUUGUAAAACCACAACCAGCUGUGCAUCACUAUAGCUCAAAUUCAUCAGUUUCCUGUGGGCAUUUGGGAGGCCUCAACCAUUCCCCUCAAUCACUUUUUGUUCCUACUCAAGUAUCUACUAAAGAUGAUGAUGAAUUCUGCAACAUUUGGCAGUCCUUACAGGGAUCUGGAAAGAUGCAACACUUUCAGCCAGCUGUACAAGAGAAGGGUGCAGUGCUACCUCAAGAAAUAAGCCAAGUAAACCAACAUCAUAAAUCUGGCUUUAAUGACAACAGUGUUAAAUAUCAGCAAAGAAAACAUGACCCUCACAGAAAAUUUAAAGAAGAGGGUAAGAGUCCUAAAGCUGAGUGUUGGUCCCAAAAAAUGUCCAAUAAGCAGCCUAAUUCUGGAAUUGAGAACUUUUUAGCGUCUUUGAAUAUCUCCAAAGAAAAUGAAGUACAGUCAUCUCAUCAUGGGGAGCCUCCAAGUGAAGAGCAUUUGUCACCACAAUCAUUUGCCAUGAAGGGAACACGGAUGCUUAAAGAAAUUCUAAAAAUUGAUGGCUCUAACACUGUGGACCGUAAGAAUGAAAUGAAACAGAUUGGUAAUGAAAUCCCUGUUUCCUCUAUUAGAAGAGAUGAAUAUGGAUUACCCUCUCAGCCUAAACAAAGUAAGAAAUUAGCAUCUUAUGUGAACAAGCCUCACAGUGCUCAUGAGUACCAUAAUGUUCAGUCUAUGGACAAUGUGUGUUGGCCUGCCCCCAGCCAGAUCCCUCCUGUAUCCACACCAGUAACUGAACUUUCUCGAAUUUGUUCCCUUGUUGGAAUGCCACAACCUGAUUUCUCCUUUCUUAGGACGCCGCAGACAAUGACUGUUUGCCAAGUAAAAUUAUCUAAUGGCUUACUGAUACAUGGGCCACAGUGCCACUCUGAAAAUGAAGCCAAGGAGAAAGCUGCACUUUUUGCUUUACAACAAUUGGGAUCCUUAGGCACGAAUUUCCCUUUGCCUUCACCAGUAUUUGCAAAUUAUCCUUCAGCUGUGCCACCUGGAACCAUUCCUCCAGUCUUUCCCCCACCUACUGGCUGGGAUCACUAUGGAAGCAACUAUGCACUGGGGGCAGCUAAUAUAAUGCCUUCAUCAUCUCAUCUCUUUGGCUCAAUGCCAUGGGGACCAUCAGUGCCAGUUCCUGGGAAGCCCUUCCAUCAUACUUUAUAUUCUGGGACCAUGCCCAUGGCUGGGGGAAUGCCAGGGGGUGUGCACAAUCAGUUUAUACCUCUGCAGGUUACUAAAAAAAGGGUUGCAAACAAAAAGAACUUUGAGAAUAAGGAAGCCCAGAGUUCUCAAGCCACUCCAGUUCAGACCAGCCAGCCAGAUUCUUCCAACAUUGUCAAAGUAAGUCCACAGGAGAGCUCAUCAGCUUCUUUGAAGUCCUCUCAGAUUGCUCAACCUGCAUCUUCUUUUCAAGUUGAAACGGCCUCUCAGGGCCGUAGUAUAUCUCACCAUAAGUCAACACCAAGCUCUUCUUCAAGAAGAAAAUCAAGAAAACUGGCUGUCAAUUUUGGUGUUUCUAAACCUUCUGAGUAAAUUUGGCUGUUGGAAUUAGUUUCUUCUCUUUCCAUCUACCUUUUUAUAAAUCCAUAUCUAUAUCUCAUAAAAAUUAGAAUGUACUAUUUUAAAAAAAGAUGUGUAAAUUGAAAUUUUUUCAUUUUUAAUUUAUCAGGCACUUUUCAUGCUGUUUAAAAGACUGUGUAUCAAAUUGUGCACUUUAAGUAUGUGCAGUUUGUUGUAUGUCAAUUAUACCUCAAUAAAUCUGUAAUAAAAAACUAAAUUAAACCUUGCAUUAAAAUAACAUCACAGUAUCAGUGGACUAAACAUUAAAAUGUACCACUCUAAUCAUUGGCCUCAUCAUUGAAGCAUCCAGAACUAUGAAUUAGACAUCAUUUAGCAAUAAUAAGCAUUUUUUACACUAUCAUUGAGGAAUAAUGACAUGGAGCAUGAAAUUUGGGCCUCCAGUAUAACUUACUGAAUGUGGAUUUUAUUUCCCUUGUUAAUGAUGUGAGAAAAUUGUCAGGAGAAUGGCUCUUAUUUAUAUGUAUUUUAACUUACGCUUUGUUGUCUCUGAGGGACCCUUAGACCUGCUGCGAAAGGAUCACAUUUGUUGUGGUGCUGCCAGUUUUGCUUUAUUCUAAAUUUUGUACCAAAGCAACUUUAGAAUAAUCAGAAUAUUUCAUCUAACUGCUUAGAACUAUAAAUAGCAUUCUAAAUUUGAGUAAAUACAAUUUUUUAGAUUACUCAAGAACCAGCAUUAGGAAUUUCUAAUAAAAUUGUUUCAAAAUCUACAGGGUACAAUGAUUACAAAUUAAUCUUCUAACAAAAUAUGAAAUAUUAGUCAUGUUAAUAAAUUGUAUUAUUUUGUAUGGCUUUUUAUUUGCUUACCUGACAUUUUAUGAGAGCUUCAUGGUUGGUCGGUAUGUAGUGCUUCCUGGGACUGAAGAAAUUCUAAUUGUUCCAAGGUGUGCUACAAUAUAGGAGGCACAGUCAUCAGUUUGUGACAUACAUUAUUUACCGCCUAUUUCAUUCUAAUUCUGUAUUUUUAGCUUUAUGCUGAACUGUUCAAUGAUGCUGGGAUUCUCUCUUUGCAUGUUAUAUGUGAAUGUGUGGUUCAACCUAUAACUGUUGAAAUUAUUUUAGAAUUUAUGAAGAUUUCUCAGCAGGGCCUAUGUUUAUAUAUAUAUAUAUUUAUUAUUUAGUUUUUGUGAUAUGCUUAUAUUUUUAAGGAAGUAAGUUAUAGCAUACUUUUUUAAAAGUAGGAACCACAAUCUUUAUAUGGAGCAGCUUGUUAUAUCUGAUUUUCAUUUAGCUCGUUGGAAACUCUGCCAUGACUCUUAAAGUAGUCUUAUUUGUUUUUUAAAAUGCUGGUAUUAAACUAAAUGGACUCCUUUCACUAACUUCUGAUUUCAGAGUUUAAAUGUUAGCAGGAUAUUUGUGUAUUAGCAGUGCCUUCAGUAUAAAAGAGAAAUAUUCAUUAUCUGUCAUUUAUCAUAGUCAUAUAAGUUUCCAUGAUUUUAUUUUCUGUUAUUUUCAUAAGUUCAGAUGUAUAUCAGUUCCCAACAUUGUUUCUUUAUCUGUAGUGGGAUCUUGAGUAAUGAGGCUCAAGUAAAUCCUCAAUGUUUAUCGUUAUUGCCUUAUAAACUCUAUUUGUGUUUAAAGGAAACAUCUAUUAUGGUAAUACAAAGAAAAGUUAAAUUGUGACAGUAAUCUUAUAUUAACCUCUUCCUACUUUAAAGUGUGUAAUGUUUCACCUCAGCUGUACAAACUCCAGCAUUUAGAAAUUGCCUCACUCAUUACUCCUGUGUGACAGUUAUAUAAAUAGCAUGUAACUCACAUCUGUUUUAGAGCAUAGAAGAAGCAGCACCUGCCAUCUUCUGAAAACUCCAAAGGGAAAUUUUAGUAAACAUAGUGCGCUAAACCCAUAAGGAUACUUCCCCAAUAUUUGAGCACAGCAAGCUGACAGUUCUAUGCAGAUAGGCAGUGAGUUUUAUUUUCCAGCCAGGUGCAGUGGCUCACGCCUGUAAUCCCAGCACUUUGGGAGGCUGAGGCAGGUGGAUCACUUGAGGUCCAGAGUUCCAGACAAGCCUGGCCAACAUGGCGAAGCCCCAUCUCUACUAAAACUACAAAAAUUAGCCGGGCAUGGUGGCACAUGCCUGUAGUCCCAGCUACUCGGGAGGCUGAGGCAUGAGAAUCACUUGAACCCGGGAGGCGGAGUCUGCAGUGAGUCGAGAUUGCACCACUGCACUCCAGCCUGGGCAGCAGAGCAAGACUGUGUCUCAAAAAAAACAAAAAGAAAAAGUUGUAUUAUCCUUACUUUUUUUUUUUUAACAUUAUUAUUCUAAAGGCCAAAACUGAGAAGAGAUUAAGAUAGGAUAGAGCUCCAUAAUGGCUGGGUAGUGGUCAGGCAUUCUCUUUUCUUUUUCCCCUGUAGACCCAUUCCAAAUGUGGGCCUGAGGUCAAUGGGAGAUGUGCCCUCCCUAUGGAGGAUGUAAGAGGCAGAGGCCAUUUCUGCCCCGUGAUGAGGAAACGAUCUGUUGAUAGGCCUGGAAUCUAGAGUAUAUCUGAAAAGCAGUUGGACUUCAAUAAAUUUAAAACCUUCUCUUUGAGAUGGCGUGGACUAAGACCACCCCCAAAGUUUAAAAAUAUGCUCAUUCAACUUGAAUCUUCUGAGAGCUUUUUGUGAAAAUGGUGGACUGUUUAGGGCACACAGGACAGAUUCCCCAAAUUGCUUUAUGUUUCCACAUAACUAGAGCACUUCAGUCUAUUUAAGCCUUUGUCUCCUAACUGAAACAUUUCUAAAUAUUUCUAUUCAAUAAGUUUUUUCUUUUUUGAGCAACUUAAGUGAAUUUUGAAGAUUGCUCCUUCCAGUCUUGUUCCUUUUCACAUUUUCCUGCAUUAUCUAAUAAUUACCUCAGUGUUAGAAUUUGACUGAAUGUAUUAAUUGAUUUAAACAUCAUGUAGACUAAAGUCUUAAACAUCUAAGACUCAGUUGCACAAAAAAAUUAAAGUCAUCUGUACUGAACCUUGGUUUCAAUUUAAGAUUUUUCUUGCUUUUCAAAGGGGUAACUAAUAAAGAUUGAAGGGUUUUUUUCCCAGUUGGUCGGAGGAAUGAAGAACUAUUGAUGCAAGCUUUUCAUUGUUUCUUUUCUAUGAUCAGGUAUCUGCUUUCAUUUUAGACUGCUGCUUCCAAACUAAGCUAGAAUCUUGGUUUUAAUGAGAGGAGGCAGAGAAAGGGAGGCAGAUGGAAGAAGAGAAACAGUUAAAUAAAGACAUACCCAGUCACUGCAUUUUUGGACUAUACUAUAUCUUUCUAGCUCAAGGAAAUAGAUAAACUGUAGGGUCUUUUUUACUCUUUAUGUAUCAGUUUUUGUGUUAGUCAUAGCUGUUCAUAGUGGUUGUCUAAUUUUUACUUUAUUAUAUGAGAACUGUGCAGAUCUUCACUGAAGUUAGUUCUGUCACACUUCUUCCCAUUAUUUAGAGCAAGGUUUUUUAAAGCAACCGUACAAUUUCUCAGCCUUAUGAGCUUGCUGUAUUUCUUAGUAUCAUGUUGCUUCCAAAUUUUGUUUUUACUGUAAAAGACAAUUUAUUGUAGAGAAGUGGCUGUGAAAGUCAUUCUCUAUCUUUAAAAAUCAAUUACAGAGUUCAUUUGUCAUUUUCUAGAGAUAAAUUAUAGUAUUCAAACUGGCAGUGCUCAUUAUGUACAUUUUGUAAGCUCUGUCAGUGAAACCAUCAGUUUUGCAGGAGCUUCCUUUCCUGGUCAAGAUAAAGCUUAAAAUUCCAGAAAUUAAUAUCAUUUGGACUGACUUUAUUCAUAUUUCCAUCAAACUCCUCCAUUACAGUAAGAGAUAGUGUUGAACCAGCAUCAGGUCUCCGGAAACAUGGCAGAGCAGACAGGCCGUUAAGUUUCACAAACAUCAUAGAUCAUUUUCUUAGAGAAGAAAAACAUGUCUAAAAUAGUUUUAGUAGUCCAAAAUGUCAACUAUCUGUAGCUGCUUUUGUGUGUGUGUGUCAGUGAACAAAUAAUAAUGCCUUGCUCAAUCAAUGCAUUCAGCUAUCUCAAGUGCAAUUUGUGAAGGAGACUAUGGUUUCCAAAAGAUACAUUUUUUUACAAAGUUAAAGCUGUAAAAAGUCUGAUUUUUUUCCUCCAGCCGUAUACCAGCUGCGCUUGGUUAUUUCAGCAGUUGGUAUACUAUUAAAUUGUCCAGGCCAAAUAAGUUUCUGUAGCUGUUUUAGUAAUUUGAAGCCAAAUUCUCAUGCUGUUUCUCAUUAAAUAAUAAUAAUGAGAAUUUGGUCCACAGUUUGCUUUAAGUUCUCUCUUCCUUUCUUUCCCUUACAGUUAAGGGUUUGGUGGGGGAUGGGGAGAUUGUUUUUGUUUUUUGGAUUUUUUUUUCUUUUGGCCUCAAGUAUCAUACUUUCUUUUGCCUGUAUCCAACUGCUUCUUUGAGUAUUUUCAUCUAUUUUAAUAUGAGUGAUAGAUGGUGUGCUGUGUCGUCAAAGUGUUCAACAUUUUGUUCAUUUAAACAAUAGUGUAAUUCAUACAUAUAUAGAUCAUAUAUAGAUACAUAUCUUAAUUGAUUUCUCACAUAACUUUUAUAAAUAACUGGAAUUUUUCAUUAGAUCUUAUACAGAGAAGUAUUUUAUUAAAAAUUCAAAAGGGAAGACUUUUAUGUGCUCAUUUUGUAAUUUUUGUUUUUAAAUAUCUUUACAUUGUCUGCCAAUUAAAGUGUUUUAAACUUGCAUUGGAAUGGACUCCGAAUGUAUUUUUGUGGUGUUACAUUAUCUGUAGAUUUCUAGCAUGAAGUUAGCCUCACAAUGCUGUGCAAAGGAUUUUAAAAUAUGAGAGUCACUGAAAGAGUUUAAACAUCUGUUCAUGUUAAAUGCUCUAUGGAUUUUAAUUAAAGACUUGAGAAUGAUUUUAUAA